CACUCCUCCAGUGUUGAGGAUUGGAGAGGAGUGGAGGCAGUCACCCUCGUUUCACGUCUACUCACCAUGGCAACUCGCAUGCUGUCACGUGCACCCCUCGACACAGUGCUCAACGCAUGCCAUGACAAGGUCACAGCAUCCAACGUCCCGUCAACCCUCCAUGGAGGACAACAAUCACCCUCGAGGAAGGGUGAUGAGGGUGGCACUGGUGUAAGUGAGCGACAACUUGUCAUCGACUCACUUCAGUUGGGUGGUGAGUGGUUGAGCGUGAGGCCAAUGGCUGGCGGCAUCUCCUUGUUUAAGAACUCCGACACAGGACUCUUUACCCGUGAUGACAGUAUCCUUGCCUCCAGCCUCCUCCUGGCUAGCAAUUCCCUUAUGAGUCGGUCCUCAGAGGCGCCUUCCACUUCCACAUCGACUCCCACCACAGCGACACAGCUCUACUCCCAGUUUCAGAAUUACUAUCACCUUCAUGAGAAUGGUAUUUUUCCCUCCUCCCUUAUCCUACAUCCUUCAAACACUGACACCGCCACCGCUGCAGACAGUGAAGGAUACUCCACUCAACUGCCAAACCUCACAGCAUCGCUCCUUCGAAGUCGUUCAGACUCACUAAGUCGUCGGGCGUCAGAACCGAACCUACAGAAGUUUGGUGCGUCGGCGGACAAUUUCAGCACUGCUGCUGCCGCUGCUGCUUCAGCAACUGCAAAUGGAGACAUGAUGGUGCGGCAGAAGAACACAACCGAACAGUUGGUCCGUGCUCUUCAUGGAAACCUUCUAAUGGAAAGAGAUCCUUCACUUACAUCCACUAUCGCCAGCAGUACAGCUCAACCCCCAACUCAGACGAGUUCUGAGGCGGAACUGUACCAAUCACCGAUGCGAGGAACCUCUCAAGUUUACGACGAAGACACCGAAGACGUCGUGGACGAUGAUGAAUCCACAAUUUUUGUUCAGGAAAGUAACGACAGCAGGACCAGUAAUGGUGGAGAAGAAUGCACCACUACCAAAAAUAAUAACGAAAUUACAACUCAAAUCGCUAUGACGCAGUCAUAA